AUGGCGAGUACAUCUGGUCCCCAGAUCUUCGACGAUGCGAGCCGAUCCCCUACGAAACCGUCGAUGUUCCGCGUCAUCAUGUCUCCCAAAUCUCAUAAACGAAAUCAAUCCGCGGACGAUGCUGGGCCCCGACCGCUGCAACGGAGCAAGCCAUCAGAGAAUCCGCCUUUCUCGUUCGGCGAGCCGUCCGAGACCCCAACCGGUUAUCGCCCACUGAGCGAAAUCGUCCCCAACCGCGACGUGGGCGACAUUGGAGCCCCACCGAAGAGUGGAGGCCGAGAAGGGAAGGGGGCCCUUCACAAGAAGACCAAGAGCGCUGUCUCUUUAAAGUCACUCAGAAGCUACAUGGAGAGGAAAGAUGGAAAGUCAGAGGAGACGCCAACCGAGGGAGGUGACGACCUUUCACCCAAGAAGGCCAAAUCAUCCAACAGUCUGUCAGCCAUCCUCAAGCGAUCGCAGCGAGGCCGCAAAGAUGGCUCAAACUCCAAGCAGAGCCGGGACAAGGAGAACCGGAGCCCCACCGACCUCAUCGAUAACAUGCCAUCCCCCGCCUUCUCGCAAGACUCCGCCUCUUUCCACAGGGAGCCCAUCGGCCGCUCAAGACCGAGCUCCACCGCCGAACCACGCCGAACCGUCGCGGAUGAAGUAUCCCUAUACACACCCAAGGGUUACGGACCAGGUCAGCAGCGCAACUUCUAUGAUUUCCACCAGCCGUCCCUUUCGAAACCAGGCGACGCCAAGCCUCGCCCGAAGUCAGACAUUCUAUCCGGAAAUCGCAAGGUGAAAGACUUGUUUGGAAUACAGCGAGCAACCUCGGGCGACAACAAUUACCCCAAGCGAUCCGACGAUGUUUCGACGAAGGGUCGAGCGCCGCCCAGCCCGCAGAAGACGGCUCCUACAGUGACACAAGACGAGCCCCCAAAGCGACUCUCCCGUGUACAAGCUGCCAUCUCGGUGUUUAAUGCCAAGGAAAGAGAUGCAGAUGUGCACCAGCACUUGAACUCCAAGGAUCUUGAAAGUGAAUUCGAGAAGUUGCUGGAUGCGAGAAAUAUUCCUCACAACAUGAGAGACAAGAUGCGCUCUCUUGACACAAACAUCAAGGCUGAUUUCAUUCAGAAAGACCGCACCGAGAACAUGACGCCUGUCAGUUCAGGGACUGGUGAUAGCCGGAGAGGACGCGGUAAAGAAGCCAAGGAAGACGCUGAACCUCAGGAUCGCAAAGGGUCUCGAUCACGCUCACGCACCCGUGGCUUUAACCUUUCCAAGGGUCCUUCGUCGCCUGGCAAGAAAUUGCGCCGGGACAGUGAGGCAUCAAACCGUCGCCCGCGAUCUGUUGAUCUCUCCCAGCCUGUAGGCGUCUACACCACGCUUUCUGCCAACGCCUCCACGGGGUCUCUGGCUGAAGCAGCUGCGGUUGAUACUGCCGCGGAUCCUUCCGACUUCGUGCAUUAUUUGAGAGAAAUCCAGAAGCCAGAAAUGGUCGAGGUAGGAAAGAUGCACAAGCUCCGUCUUCUGCUGCGCAACGAGACAGUUCAGUGGGUGAACGACUUCAUCACCGAGGGAGGCAUGGACGAGAUCGUCCAGCUUCUCUACCGUAUCAUGAAGAUGAUUUGGCGCGAGGACCAUGAGGAUACUCUCCUACACGAGGCGUUGCUCUGUCUGAAGGCGCUUUGCACUACAUCUGUGGCCUUGGCCCAUCUCUCUGCCAUCGAGGGUGAGCUUUUCCCUGCUCUGCUCAAAAUGGUCUUCGACGAGGAGAAGAAAGGUCCUAGCGAGUUUACUACUCGGGGGAUCAUCGCAAACCUCUUGUUCACGCAGCUUUCCAACGCCCCCGCCGGCGAGCAGGCCACCAAGCGUGCCAGACAAAUUCUCUCGUAUCUGAAGGAUCCCACACCUGCGGCUGACAAUCAGCCUUUGUCCUUCAUUGCCAACAUCUACCAAUCACGACCUUAUCGGGUUUGGUGCAAAGAAGUAACGAAUGUGACGAAGGAAGUUUUCUGGAUCUUCCUCCACCAUCUCAAUGUCAUUCCUCUCCCCAAGGCCGAGGACGUCUUUGGCGAGGCGGCCCCUGUGGACACUCGCCCGUACAGUGAGCGCCACUUCCCUCCCCCUCGUCCUCCCGUCCCCGCCGCUCCAUACGUCGGCGGCGUUGAAUGGGAUGCAACCAACUACCUUGCUGCGCACCUUGAUCUUAUGAAUGCCCUCAUUGCUAUGCUCCCCACUCCAGACGAGCGCAACCAGCUCCGCGAUGAGCUCCGAGCUUCCGGCUUUGAAAAGGUCAUGGGCGGUAGUCUGCGCACUUGCAAGGAGAAGUUCUACGCCUCCGUGCACGACUGUUUGCGAACCUGGGUCGCCGCCGCCGCCGCCGAUGGCUGGCCAUACACGUUCGUGCGCGAGGGACCACCCCGUGUUGGCGAGGCUGGCUCCCCCACCAAAUCCCUCAAGAAGGCCACCCCCGGCAGCCCAAGGAAGGGGCUCAUUGAUGAGCGCCCCCCUAAGCUGGAACUGGCUCUGGACUUUGAAAACCGCCCAGCUCCAGGUCCAACGACCCCGUCCAGCGACCUGCGCAGCUGGCUUUGA